AAUACUGAGCUUGAGUUAAGUAAACAUUUCAUGCAUGCCACUUUUACUUUAAGAAAUAAGUAAUGAAAUUGCGAUCAUAAAUAACACGGAACCAAACGACUUAUAAGUAUACGUAUUCCGUAACGUAUAUCGGGUAAACAGAUAUAACAUUAAAAGGAAAGUUGAAAUAUGUGCGCUUUAAACAACGGAAUUCGAAACAAGAAGUAAAUUACGAUGGCAUAAGGUUAAAUAAAAAGUUGUCUUCUACGAAACGUUUAUAGAUCUCUGACGCUGUGUAUUUCUGGAAAAGUUUCAACAAAAGUUGUUCAACUAUAUUAAUUAGCUGCGUUGAUUCGGUUUAAAAACACACAGUCCCACAGAAUGUCGAGUGAAGACUAUAUCGCAGUGGCUGCUAUAGACUUCGGCACAACAUAUUCGGGAUACGGAUUCUCUACCAUUCAAGAUUACAGUGUUGAUCCUUUAAAGGUGACAUCAUGUACGUGGACCUCUGGCCAGAUUAUGUCGCUGAAGACGACCACGACGAUCCUGUUCCGGCCGGACCAGACGUUUGACGCGUUCGGAUACGAGGCAGAGGAUCGCUACAAUGACCUGUCCCUUGACAACAUGCACACGGACUGGUUCUACUUCCGCCGUUUCAAGAUGAUGCUUUAUGCCGCUCAGCACGUGCAUCGCGAUACUCCGCUGAAGGACGAGACGGGCAAGGAGAUGCCGGCACUCGUCGUCUUCUCUGAGUGUAUCCGUUAUAUGAAGGGACAUCUGAUGAAUAAUCUCGAAAGGCUGUUGCCGGAAGUGCAACCUACAGACAUCAAGUGGGUGCUCACCGUUCCGGCCAUCUGGGACGACGCCGCAAAGCAAUUCAUGAGAGAGGCCGCUGUCAAGGCUGGUAUCGACGGCGGUCGACUGCUACUGGCGCUGGAGCCGGAAGCGGCUUCCAUGUUCUGCAAGCAUCUGCCUGUGGAGAGGCAAGGCGCCACAUCGCAGAUAACGUGCUUCUCCGCGGACUCGAGAUAUCUCGUGCUGGAUGCCGGCGGCGGCACUGUAGACAUCACAGUACACGAGGUGAAUAGGGAUGGCACGCUUCGGGAGCUAGUUAAGGCUAACGGCGGCGCCUGGGGCGGCACCAUGGUCGACAAGGCGUUCGUGGCACUCAUGGCAGAGAUCACGGGCCAGGAGGUGCUUGACAAGUUCCACGAAAAACAUCAGGACGACUACAUAGACCUCAUGAGAGCGUUUGAAGUUCGCAAGCGGUCAAUCCAGCCGACGUCGGAGGACCGAAUUACGUUCAAGAUUCCCAUCAGCUUGCAUGAGCUCUAUAGAGAGAUGACUGGAGGUGAGAUGCGAGAUGCCGUGAAAAACAACCAGAAGCUGAACGGAAAGGUUUCCUUUGCAGGGGACAAGAUGAGGACAGACGCCACUAUUAUCAAGGCGCUCUUUGAAGAAACAUGCACAAACAUCGUGGACCAUUUGAGGCAACUGCUGAAAAACCCACAGACCGCCGGGACCCGCACCAUACUGAUGGUGGGCGGAUUCUCGGAGUCUCAAAUGCUCGCAGCCGCUGUCCAGUCGGCAUUCAGCGAUCUGCGGGUGGUUGUGCCGCAUGAUGCAGGGCUAGCCGUCCUGAAAGGGGCUGUGAUAUUCGGGCACAACAGCCACGUGAUCACGUCCAGAAUAGCGAAAUAUACGUAUGGAGUAAGUUGUGUUGAGACAUUUGAUCCGAAAAAGUAUCCUAAAGAAAGAAUGGUAAUAUAUGAAGGCAGAUAUGAAGUUCGAAAGGUAUUCAGUAAACUAGUAGAAAUUGGACAGUCGUUGUCCCCUGACAGUCCGCUCGAAGCAAAACAGUAUUUUCCAAGGGGAAAAUAUGAUUCCAUGGAGGUUAAUCUGUAUGCUUCGCCCCAAAAAAAUCCAAUGUUUGUGGAUGAAACAGAUGCCAUUUACAUAGGAAAAAUGCAUGUAGACUGCAAAGAUCACAAGGGUCGCGUGAGUGGGGCUUAUGUUAGCCUCAUUUUCGGAGACACUGAACUAAGAGUGAAGGCCGUACAUGACAAAACUGGUGAGGAGACAGCAGCGACGUUCGACUUCCUGUAGGAAACAACAUUAACUUGAAUAAGCAGUCAACAUAUGUUACAAUUUGUUUCUUAAACAAGAUUAAAACUGACAGACUAGACACACAAAUCAUUUUCAAUUCUAAAUGAGACAUACACAGUUAUUUAACUGCCAUUUAUUAAAUUGAUCCUACUAUUUAUAAGGAUUUGUGUUUGAACAUUUAUGUGCAUGCUCUUGUUUAUAUCUUGGAAAAGUUAAGUAACAAAUGUUUCAAUAAGUCAGAUAGAAAUCUGAUUUGUGCACUUUUUGAUUAUGUUGUACUUACAUACUUUUGUUUGAUAUGAAUGGUUGUGACUUGUUUUUAUAACUUUUUCAUAUAUUUUUUAUUCAUGCAUGUUUUAAUAAAAUUCAACACUUGGAUGAAAUUAAAUAGUGUAGAAAAGAA